ACCGGCAAUCGCUCCACGUCCAUCCCAACUCGCGCUGGUGUGUAAGUCAACGGUGUCAACAGCGGGUCAUACACAACAUCACCACUUUCGAACAACCCCUUUCGAUCUUCUUACAAUUCUCCAAUCGAACCACUUACAUCUGCGUCCGAUAUACACUCCGUCCGAAACAUCCGCGACUCGUAACAGUUCAGCCCCCCCCCCAACGAGCUCUAGAACAGCCCCGCGUCAUGGCCCAGUCCACCGCCCACCGCCGCCUCCUCCAGGAAUACCGCGCCCUGACGAACAACCCGCCCGAGGGCAUCACCGCCGGCCCAGUCUCCGAGGAUGACCUCCUGCACUGGGAGGCCUUGAUCCAGGGCCCUGAGGGCACCCCCUUCGAGGGCGGCGUCUUCCCCGCCGAGCUCAAGUUCCCCAAGGACUACCCCCUCGCCCCGCCGACCAUGAAGUUCCUCGUCGACAUGUGGCACCCCAACAUCUACCCCAGCGGCCUCGUCUGCAUCUCCAUCCUUCACCCGCCCGGCGACGACCCCAACCACUACGAGCACGCCUCGGAGCGCUGGUCCCCCAUCCAGUCCGUCGAGAAAAUCCUCAUCUCUGUCAUGAGCAUGCUCGCCGAGCCCAACGACGAGAGCCCAGCCAACGUCGAGGCCGCCAAGAUGUGGCGCGAGCGCCGCGCCGACUAUGAACAGAAGGUCCGCGACGGCGUGCGGCGGUCGCUGGGCUUAUAGA